AUGUUAGUUUUGCCUUCGCAGCAAAUACUGUCAACAUUUUUGAACCAGGUUAAUAUAAAGCCUGGUAUUAACAAUAAUGUCUUUGCUCAACUUAAAGCAAGAGCAAACGAAAUGAAGCCAGCAGACAAACUCUGCAUAUUAAUGUUUGAUGAAAUGUUACUAAAAGCUAACAUUACAUACGAAAGAAAAGAUUUGGUGGUAGGUUUUGUUAAUAAUGGACGCGAGACAAAACCUGAAUUUGCAGACCAUGCACAGGUUUUUAUGAUCAGGGGUCUCAUAAGGAAAUAUAAACAACCUGUUGCUUAUACAUUUGCACAUGCGGCCACUAAAGGCCCAGAGCUGUCUUUGCAAAUUAAAACAAUAUUUGAAAACUUGCAAGAAACUGGCUUCAAUGUAGUGGCUACAGUAUGUGACCAAGGCACUAAUAAUAGAAAUGCCUUAAAUCUUCUCCUAAAUGAAACCAGGGUACAUAUGCUUAAAAGUGGACAAGAAGUUAGAGAAGAGACGAAAUUAAUAAUAGAUAGAUAG